GACCAGUGCCGGAAGUUGUGUGGCUUGAACGUUUCCCAGCACCAGUGUGAGUGGUGGAAGGUGUUACAGCAUAAACUGUCCCCAUUACCACAUGUCCUGGCGACAGACCCGGUGAACACGGAGCGGAGGAAGUGACGGACUCUGCGACAGGAAGCAGAAAGAGACGACCAGAGGCGCUACGUGAGAAGAUUUGAUUCAGAAACUUUGAAUCUCAUAAAUGAUUAACUUGCCCAACACUGGUCUCAGGUCGAGGAUGAUGCAGCGGGUGGCGGUGAUCGGUGGGGGGGCGGCCGGACUCUGUGCAGCCAGACACAUCCUGUCCCGUCCAGACAGCUUCGCCCCCCCGGUGGUGUUCGAGCUCAACGACCGUAUCGGUGGCACCUGGUGUUAUGAGGAGCGUCCGGAGGCCAGCAGGGGGGCGGCUCACAGCAGCAUGUACCGAGACCUCCGGACCAACCUUCCCAAGGAGGUGAUGAUGUUCCCCGACUUCCCCUUCGAGCGGCAGCUGAGCAGCUUCCUGCCUCAUCAGGAGGUUCAGAAGUACCUGGAGAGCUACUCCCACAGCCACAACAUCUGGCCUCACAUCCGGUUCCACACGGAGGUGGAGAACGUGAAGCCUGCGCUGAAGACGCCGGAGGGCGGGGCCACAUCAUGGGAAGUGACAUCAUGUGACACGCAGGGUCGUCAGAAGACCGAGACCUUUGACUCUGUGCUCGUCUGCUCGGGACACUACUCCGACCCACACGUCCCGAGCGUCCCUGGGAUUCACAGCUUUAAAGGAGCCGUGCUCCACAGUCACUCGUACCGGUUCCCCGAGCCCUUCUCGGGUCAGACCGUCCUGGUUCUGGGAGCCAAAGCUUCAGGGCUGGACAUUUCCUUUGAACUGGCAAAGGCUGGUGCUCAGGUGAUUCUGAGUCAUGGUCGUCCUCGUCUCACCUUCCCACUUCCUCCCGGGAUUAGACAGUCCAGUCCGCUGGUGGCGAUCGAGGAGGACGGCAGCGUUCGAUUCCAGGACGGUUCUCUGGGCCGCGCUGACGUCCUGAUGUUCUGCACCGGCUACAACUUCAAGUAUCCGUUCCUCGAUGCGGAUCAGCUGGGUCUGAAAAUCCAGGACCACAUGGUGUCCCCCCUGUAUCGCUACCUGAUGCCUCCUGCCUUCCCCUCGCUCUUCUUCAUCAGCAUCUGCAAGCUCAUCUGCCCCUUCCCCUUUUUCAACUGUCAGGUCCAGUUCUCUCUGGCUGUGUUGGACGGCUCGGUCCCUUUACCGUCUCGGGCUGAGAUGGAGGACGAGGUCCUACAGGAGCUGCAGGAAAAGGUGGAGCGUGGAGUCGAGCAGCGCCACCUGCUGGUCCUGCAACAGGACCAGUGGGAGUACUGCCAGAAGCUGGCUCAGGACGCCGGGUUCACACCUCUGCCUCCGGUCACACGCAGCCUGUACAAGGAGGUGUGGCGCCAGCGGGAGAUUCACCCUGAAAACUACCGGAGGCUGAACUACCGGCUCGUCAGCGACACCCAGUGGGAGGUCCAACCAGCGGUGUAGAAACUCCCACAUUAACAUGCUAACAUGAUGAACAUCAUACAUGUUCUACAUGCUUAGCUACUAGCAGUAUUAGCAUGCUAGCAUUUUAAUUUAAGCACCUUGUUGCCUGAGCAGAUUCUCACACAGCUGCUGAUUUCAUAAUCAAACAGUGACCAGUAGAACCAGAAUCAAUACUUAGAUGAUAAAUGAUCAGUUCUGUCUAAAUGUUCUGCAGCUCAUGAAUAGAGUGUCUGUUGAAGUUGUGAUUAAACGGAUUAUGAAAUCAUUACUAUUAAUAAAUCUAUUGAAUACAGCCUAUAAACCUUUAUAGAUGGAGCCUAAUAAGAACGUGGUGCCAAAGUAACACUCGAACAACUUUAUAUACUGUGUCAUUGUGAAAUAUUUUUAAUAAAGUCAAGUGCAUAACAAACUGUUAAAUUAAAGAAACAAGUCAAAUAAAUAAAGACAAAUCAUUUGAAA